AUGUCCACUCCGAUUUCCUCGUGCUCAGAUGUAAUAGUGAAGCCGAUCAAGGAUAUGAAUAAACAUCAACGUUAUACUGUUAAAUAUCUGGAAACACCCGUUAAAUCGGAGAAUGACAAAAAAACAUAUAGAGCCAUCAGGUUAACAAACGGUUUAGAAAUUUUGUUAAUAUCCAAUACACAAGCAGAAUCAUGCACUUCUUGUAAUCAAGAUAAGAACGACGAAAAAAAGGCAGCGUGUAGCUUAUCUGUAGGAGUAGGAUCUUUCAGCGAUCCACCAGAAAUUCCAGGCAUAGCAAUUUUCUUCGACUAUCUACUUUUUAGAGGAAUUCAUGAACAUACACAGAAAUGUGGUUUUCAAACAUUUAUCAGAAUCAAUAGUGGCUGUAAUAAUACCGUAAUGGAUCACGAACAUACAACAUUUUACUUUGAUAUCCGAGAGAAAAUCUUGUUUCAAGCUCUCCGCCAUUUGGCUCAAUUUUGUUUUAAACCGUUUUUGUAUAUAGAUGCUUUUAUGGACAAACCAACGAUCGUAAAAGAAGUCUUAACAUGCCAUGCUCAUACAGAGUUUCAGAGGGCUUUAAAUUUUAUUAAAUAUCGAGAGGAUUCACUGCUUUCUUCCUUUGCGGAAACUGGUCAUCCAGCUAACAAGUUUACUAUGGACCAUUUAAUGAAAUUGCAGGACAACAAAAAUAUAAACAUAAAGGAAUUGUACGAAGUGUUGCAGAAAUUUACAAAGCGCCAUUACAGCGCUCACAGAAUGAAGCUGGUUAUACAGUCAGGAAUAUCGCUGGACAUGUUAGAAAAUUUUAUCUUAACUUCGACGUACUUCAAAAAUGUACCAACAAAUUGGCUGCCUCCCGAUGAUUUCUCAGAAUUUAAAAAUGGUCUUUCUUUUAUUACUCCUGCUUUUCGAAAAAUGUAUAAAGUUAAUGUUCCUGUGAAAGACAGAGAAUUAGUCAUAACAUGGAUAAUACCUUCGCUACUUCAUUUAUAUAAAAGUAAACCAUAUGAAUAUAUUUUUCAAAUGAUUCAACAUAAAGGGAAAAGCCCUUUAAUUAGCUACCUACGCAAAAAUAUGUGGAUAAAUUCCAUUGAUGCACUUCAAUAUAAAAUUAAACAUUACUCCACGUACAGUUUAAUAAAGCUCAUUGUAAAUCUCUCUUAUGAAGGGCAACAACAUCGGGAAAAGGUUCUAGAUGCGAUAUUUUCCUUUAUCAAUUUAAUAAAAAAAGAGGGUCCACAGAAAACAUUUUACGAUGAAUUUUUUAAGAGCGAACGAAUGUCUUUAAGAUUUAUCGAUGAAGAGAAUCCAAUGAAUUAUGUGAAAAACUUGAGUAUAAAAAUGCAUUUAUAUCCAUCGUGCCAUUAUUUAACCGGGAACAAACUGUAUUUCGAAUAUAAUCCAGAAGAUAUACAAAAAUGUUUAAAUUAUUUGGAACCAGAGACCGCGAAUAUUAUGUUUUUCGACGAGGAUUUCGAGGAUCUUGAAUUAAAUAAGGUCGAACAAUGGUCGAAAACGAGAUACACAGACAUCGAGAUACCAAAGGAAUGGAUCAAACGCUGGAAAUCCAUCAAGCCAUUACAAGAGUUUUAUUUACCACAUUCAAAUCUAUUCUUUCCUAAGGACUUUAUUUCAAUAAAAGUUCCAAAAUAUCCUAUAAAGUUGUACAGUAAUAAAAUAUCGGAGGUUUGGUAUGACCCGGAUAAGAAGUUAUCGAAAUGUUACAUGAACUUACAUUUGGUUUCUCCGUUGGUACUUCAAUCACCGAAGUAUGCAGUUCUUAUGGAUAUAUACUGCGAAAUAUUGAAAUCUCUGUUAACGAACGAAUUAUAUUCAGCUACAACAGUUGGGAUUAUUUAUAAGUUUAUUAAUACCACUGAGAAAGGUUUUACAAUAAAAAUAUGUGGGUUUAGCGAAAAAAUACCACUCUUGCUGGACAUUAUUGCGCAAUACAUCAGCCUUCCAACAGUUACGAAGGAAUUGUUUGAAACUUUCAAAAAGAGCCAAAUUGAAACCUAUUACAAUAUGUGUAAUAACUCUUGGGAUCUUAUCGAGGACAUGAGAUUAUGGACACUGAAGCUCGUCCAUUAUACACGCCUUGAGAAGUACGUUGCACUAUGUACUACCUAUUUCAAAGACUUUCAAUUCUUUGCAAGUUACUUUACUGAGCAUCUGUACGUUCAGUGCCUCGCGCAAGGCAGCAUAACGGAGGAUAUUGUGUCCAGCAGUAUACGGAAAUUUCUUAAAAUAAUUGAGUGUGAGCCCUUGCACCCUAGUACGAGACCCGAUAUAAGAAUUAAUCAGAUAAAUCUAGGCACAACCUAUUGGAUAUCAAAAAGUUUCGAAAAAUUACAUUUUAAAGAACUUCCACCACCUUCCGUAUUGAGAUGGUAUUAUCAAAUUGGUGUCACGUCGAUUAAAUUGUUGUUGAUAAUCGAGCUGAUAGCGUCAAUAAUGGGAUUAUCGUUAUUCGAAAAGCUAUGGGAAGAAUUUGAAGAAACAUUAGAUAGUGCUGGGUGCUCCUUUAAAAAUGACAACGGAAUUUUAGGACUUUACAUUGUUGCUGAUAUUUAUAAUACAAGUGGAUGCCUUACAACCAUGCAGGUGGAACAAUACAUUGACGAAUUUCUUAAAUCGUUUACUAACACUUUGGAAGAGAUCUCAGAAGAAGAAUUUGAUCGUAUCAAGGAGAACAGAAAAUCAUCGAACCCUUUGAUAUUAUUUGCCGAUAACGAUCUUGAAAGAAAAUUUGAAAGAAAUUGGAAUGAGAUCAUGGAGCGUAAAUAUAUGUUUGACAGACACGAGAAAGAAGAGCUUGCAUUAAAGGAGAUAAAAAUCAAUGAUUUGAAAGAAUGUUUUGUGAAGUAUAUAUUAGAUAAAAGUAAUAUGAGAAAAUUGAGCAUGCAUGUGAUAGAAAAUAGUCCAAAGGACUAUUAUGUCGACGAACAAAAUUAUGAUAGUGCAAAGGAUCACGAGAGAAAACUACGUAUUGCGAAAGAGAUAACCCGUAACCAACCAUAUUUACAGAUAAAAGAUUACAAAGAAAAGUUCUACGUUUUUCCUAUAAAUUCAGAAUGCGAUUAG